AUGGCAUCAACCAUAGUUGCAAUGACCAUGAUGAACACAAAGUGCUUCAACACUACAAGCUCACCAAAGUUCCACAACUCAACAAAACUCAUUACAAAACCCACUUCACUCCUUUCCCUCAAGAACCUUCUUCCAAAAGGAACCCCCACAACAGAAAACACCAAACUAUCAUCUUCCAUAGCAGGAACAGCGCUUGCAGGAGCAAUAUUCUCAACCCUUGGAGCCUGUAACCCCGCUUUUGCAGCACAACAAAUAGCUGACAUAGCUGAAGCAUCAUCAGAUAACCGUGGUUUAGCACUUUUGUUACCUAUAAUUCCAGCCAUAGCUUGGGUUCUCUUCAACAUUCUUCAACCUGCACUUAACCAAAUCAACCGUAUGCGUAACUCGAAAGGGGUUAUCAUUGGUUUGGGUCUUGGUGGAUUAACAGCUUCAGGGUUUGUGUCAACACAAGAUGCAAUGGCGACUGAAAUUUCUGCUAUUGCUGAAGCUGGUAGUGAUAAUAGGGGUCAGCUUCUGUUGUUUGUUGUAGCACCUGCUAUUCUUUGGGUUCUCUAUAAUAUUUUGCAGCCUGCUCUUAACCAAAUCAACAAAAUGAGAUCAGACUGA